UCGAAGGAAGCUGUUCGUAUAAAAAGACAGAACAUGAGUGUCAGUUUAGAGAAUGUAAGUUGGUUGUUAAUGGUGGCCCGUUCCUUAUAUCCAGGAUCAAAGAAACGUCUUUAAUUUUUCGACUGAAUUUUCGGAAGAAACCAAAGAAAAACCAACAAAGUCGCCAAAAUGUCGUCGGAAGAGGCAUUAGUCGUCGAUAUGGUGUACCUUUACGAAAAAGAAAACGCAAAGGCCCAUCGCACCAUCAGCUACGAAUUGGUACAUCUUGAACCAGCGACUCCUGUUCUUAGAAGAGGCCAAUCUUUCUAUGUAGCCUUAAGAUUCAAUCGAGAUUAUGUGGCUGAAACGGAUAUCGUUAGAUUGCUCUUUAGUUUCGGACCAAAUCCGAACGUCCUUAGAGGAACCAGAGGAAUAAACACCAUUACCAAUAGAGACAAUUAUUUGACUGAUUUGGAGGCAUGGGGUGUUCGUUUAGUGGGCGUCAAUGGCGUUGAUCUGACCGCGGAAGUAAGAAGCCCCAUCGAUAGCCCUGUUGGCACAUGGCAAUUAAAUGUGGAGACCACCAUCGUAGGAAGUAAAAAACAACCAAAUACCUAUAGUUACGACAAGGACAUUUAUCUGCUUUUUAAUCCGUGGAUGAAAGAGGAUUUAGUAUUCAUGGAGGAUGAGCAGCUGUUGGACGAGUAUGUUCUAAAUGAUGUUGGAAAAAUAUGGGUUGGCUCAUGGGGAAGUGCACGUGGUAGAGAAUGGGUGUUUGGACAAUUCGAUGCUUGUGUGCUUAAAUCUUGUGAAUUGCUGCUAGAAAGAUCCGGCAUCAAAGCUAAUUCCAGAGGGGAUCCAGUUCAAAUGUGUAGAGCUAUUUCGAGAAUCGUAAAUUCCAACGAUGACAGAGGUGUGGUUACCGGUCGCUGGGAUGGUGAUUACGCUGAUGGUACAGCUCCAGCCGCUUGGACAGGUAGCGUGCCGAUUCUCGAACAAUUCUUAGAGACAGGCGAUUCCGUCAAAUACGGACAAUGUUGGGUAUUCGCUGGUGUUGUGACCACCGUCUGUCGUGCUCUUGGUAUACCGUCCAGAGUGGUUUCAAAUUUGGUAUCGGCCCACGAUGCGAAUGCCUCGCUUUCCGUCGAUCGUUAUUACACCAAAGACAACGAGGAACUUGAUUACGAUCCAAACAAUCUCGAAGGCGAAGAUUCUAUAUGGAAUUAUCACGUUUGGAACGACGUAUGGAUGGCUAGACCAGAUUUGCCUAAAGGUUAUGGUGGUUGGCAGGCGAUCGAUGCUACGCCACAAGAACCUUCAGGAGGUAUAUAUCAAUGCGGACCAGCUUCUGUCGAAGCUAUCAAACAAGGAGUCGUUGGUUAUAAUUAUGACGUGACGUUUAUGCUGGCUUCGGUGAAUGCCGAUUUGAUGAGAUGGAUGGAGGAUUCUGAGAGCGAGCUGGGAUUCAGGAAAAUCGACUGUAAUAAAUAUCACAUUGGCCGGAUGAUCUUGACGAAAGCACCUUGGAUUUUCGAUCCCAAUGGCGACAGAGACAGAGAGGAGAUAACAUCUAUUUACAAGGCAAAAGAAGGAACGGAAGUUGAGCGUCUGACUCUGUACAGAGCCGUACGCAACACAGAACUGGCGAAGAGAUUCUACUCUUUGCCCUCACCUGCGAAAGAAGAUGUCGAGUUCGAUCUUGUGGAUAUCGAACGAGUGAACAUCGGACAACCAUUUGCAGUUAUAGUGAACAUGAAAAAUAAAUCGAACCAGAUACGUACUAUUCAAGCUGUUCUAUCUGCUGGUAGCGUGUACUAUACGGGAAUCAAAGCACAUCUAGUAAAGAGAGCGUCUGGUGACUUCGUUCUGCAACCACAUGCCAGCGAACAGUUAAGGCUCAGAGUUACAGUGGAUGAUUAUUUGGACAAGCUUGUGGAGUAUUGUAAUAUGAAAUUGUAUUCCAUCGCUACGGUCGUGGAAACUAAACAGACAUGGGCUGACGAAGAUGAUUUUCAGGUCUUGAAACCGAGCAUCACGGUCAAGAUCGACGGCGAACCUGUAGUAGGAAAACCAUCGAUUAUCAGUCUUAGAUUCAAGAAUCCCCUGAAGAGAGUAUUAACGGAGUGUAUGUUCAAUUACGCUGGCCCCGGGUUAACAAGGAACAAGACUCUAGCGUUCAGAGACAUCGAACCUGAGGAAGACGUCUACGUGGAACAUCAAUUAAUUCCUCAAAAGGCUGGCGCGCAGAAGAUCAUUGCCACAUUUACUUCGAAACAGCUAGUUGAUGUCACAGGAUCAGCUGCCAUCGAUGUUCUUGAUGAGGAGGAAUAAGAUUGUCCGAAUUCGAACAAUGUUACAUUUUUAUCCUCAUUAGGAAUAGAUAACGCAUAUUAAUAUACACAUAUCGACACGUAUUAAUUAAAAAACGUAUGUAUAUACCUAAAAACCUGUAUAAUAUCAAUGUGGACACGUUCCAUCCAAUUAUUACUAGACUCUGGAUGCUUAUACG